AUGCUAUUAAGUGCGUGUCUUUUGGGUUUAAGAAAGCUGGAGAAUAUUAGACUCAAAGACUUCAGCAAUCCAGUGUGCAAGAACGUAUCCCGUAGAAACACAAUACUAGAAAUGUUUCCAAAUAUCAGGGUGGUGGAUGGGGAAAUGGUGACUGGCAGAGGCAGUGAUUUAUAUCAUUUAUGCAGGGACAUCGAUGACUCACUGAAAGGUCUUUAUAAAAACGGAUCUGAGGCAGAGAUACCAGACUGCAAGCCUUGGGUUGAAGAGGGUUAUUGGGAUCCUAAGUGGUCAAACAAUGCAAUCAUUGACGAAGCCUACAAACAAUUUCAUGAUGUUCUGCAUGAAUGCAAACUGCUCAACAACAGGGCCUCCCAUGUAAUUACUCAAACAGAAAGAGCUUUGAGCAACAAGAAUCCAACAAAGCACUGUGUGCUAUAAAAUAUAUUUGGUACACAGCCAUUACUCCUCAAAAUGGAUGGUUCACCAUCAUAUAAUUAUGUAGACCUUCCUUUUGUUGGGCACACAGCCUCUGUAUCCAUACUUGGGAUGCACACCUCUUGGCCAAGAGUAGUCUACAGUGUUAAACUAUUUUUACCAGUCCUAUUUACACAUGGCAAUGAAAUCCCAAGUAAUUAAAUACCUAUGUGACGUUCAGAUUGAGUUGACUGACCAAUUUACAGUAUUUGCAUGUUACGUGAUUACUGUAGUAUGUUUUGUGUUAUUCAAAAGUAAUCUAUACUAAGAACAUAGCAAGGUAUGCUUGUUAACAAUUUUAAAAAAACAACAUAAUUGCACUUUUGCAGACUAUUACAAUAGACUUCUGGUCUAUAAAAUCAGUGCUUCAGUAUAUGUAUUUUUGUAUCAAUGUUAUAUUUCCAGUAAGUCAUGCUGUUUCUCCAUGGGUGUUUUUAUGCUUUAAAAGUUUAACUUGGUCAAUCAGGGCAUUAUGUUUAACACAUUACUGAAAAGAAAAACUAUUAAAAUAAAAAAUAAAGCUUUCUUGUAUGCUGUUUUUUUUAACAUAAUUGUCUGCAUUUUAUGGUUGAAAUCAUUCUGCUGCUUGUGACGACUAAUGAUCUGAAUGUUUUGAAAGACACACCUGUCUACCUCAUUAGUAUGGUAUGUGUCUGUGUCAAAUAUAAUGUUGCCAAGGACCCAUCUCAUUUAUUAAGUAGUUUUGGGCAUUUCUGUGUGGUGUUUCUAGUAUUUCUAAAUUGUUUAUGAUUUUUCAA